CUUUCAAAUUGAAAUCGAUUUUCACCGUGAUUUACCACCAGCUUCAAGUCUUCAGGUCGACGGGCUUCUUGCCGAUGGACCUUGCCACGUACGUGCUAUUUAGUGCUGUCAGCUUCACUGCUGUCCGUCCAAGGUAGAAAUUAACACUAUGUAGCAUCUCGGAGGACCAGUCGAGCCUGAACGAUCGAUGUAUCAACCUGUGAGCCUCUCAAUGGGGUGCAAUGUCACUGCUGUCUACGCAGGAGUUAUUGCAUCUGGGAAUUGUGAUUCUAGCCAAGUCUCAAAUUUCAAACCUCGUCAGUAUUAAUAUCACCUUCAUCAAAUUGGUCGUCUGGCGUUCUUUCGUAGUAUUCAGGCAACCAACGAUGAAGGAUACGUGUCGUUUGAAACUGUAUUCCCGGGCGUGUUUAUCCCACCUCGCCUGCCGGCGUUUCCGACGUGCUGACAAAUGGAAAAAGGCCAGGUCAAUUGAUACUGCUGAACUCAUCUCGCCUUACAGCAGCAACAUCGUUGCGGCCAUUACCAACGCUGUAGGUCGUAUAUUUGCGCUUGGCGUCGAAUUUGCUGAUGGAUCUACUGACCUCGACUCUGUUCUCGUGUAUGUCUACCUCCGUAACGACGUUUCAGAUGGCCUUCUCCUGCGAGUUUCUAUCAGUAUCCUAUCUGAACUCCUGGUUUGACGGUCUUGCCAUGAAAGCUGGGGCACCAUCGCAUCGGUAUGAGUACAAGCUACACGAGCUUGCCGGCGGCCGCCUUGACUGAGGAUGGAUGGUGUUCGGUCCCAGCAGCGGAUUCCCUGGUAUCGACAAUGGAAAUAGCAUUACGUCCGUUAACGCGUAGUUGCUACUACAUCCUACACCUAAGAGUGGCGUCUCUUUGAUUCUACUUUUCACACGAUUUUG